AGUUUUUUCCAAAUGCAAUUCUCAGGUAUGAUUUUAUGUUUGAGGAUUCCAGAAGGGUAAUUUUUACCUGACUCAUAAAGUGUGGUUCACAUUGCAGGCCAUCACACAGAUUUUUAUGUGUGAAUGUUUUCUUGUCUUUUAGUUUGCUGUUGCACAGUUCUCCACUGGUUAUGAAAUUCACUCCAACUUUGAAACAGUUAAAGACAUUCAUUCAUGGAGCACAAGAAUAGGAGAGAUAAAACAGCAAAAAGGAUGGACCUACACUGCGAAGGCUAUGAAUAAACUGAUGGAUGAGCUCUUCAUAGCUGAAGGAGGGGAGUCCAGUCCACUGGUGAUUCUGCUAAAAUGGAGUUUGCACAAGAUGGAUUUAAAUAUAGCCAUACUUCAUUUUUCUGUCGUGCUGGUGGGCAUGGCAGGUCAGAGGGGUCGGUUUGGCUCUUCUCUGGCCAGUCCAGCAGAUCUGAAUGGUGAUGGUUUCAUGGAUGUGCUGGUUGGAGCUCCUUUAGAGGAGGAUGGACAGGGCAGCAUCUACAUCUUCAAUAGCGAAAUAGAUUAAAUAAACCCCAAAUAUUCACAGAGAAUUACUGGAUCAGCUGUGCGCCCAGGUUUACAUUUUUUUGGACUUGCUCUUAGUCAGUCCUCCCUAGAUCACAGUGGAGACAGUCUCCCAGACAUUGCUGUUGGAUCAAAAGGAGCAGUUUUGCUUCUUAGGUCCAGACCAAUAGUGUCUGUGGAUGUGAAAGUAACCUACAACCCAUCCACAAUUUCAACAGUUGAAGCAAACUGCACCAGGCCACUGGAAAACACCUUGACAGUGUGCUUCAAAAUGAGUGGAUACAACCAAGCUUUAACAGAUUUGGCUGCAAAUAUUAGCUAUACAUUCAUGCUGGAUGCCAAGCGAUAUAACCACCGAGCAUACUUCUCACCCAAAAAUCGUGUCCUCCUCAAUAAUGUUGUAAAUGUUACACUGGAGGAGGUAUGCAAAGACCAUCCUUUCCUUAUAGAGUCUUGCACAGAGGACUCUCUCAGCCCACUAUUUAAUGAAUUAAUGUUCACUUUUGAGGGUCUGCCCUCCCAAAGUCUGGACAACUUAAAGCCUGUUCUCUUACCUUGGAUAAAGAACACUUCAUUAUGGAUGGUAAGCGACACAUAUUUAAAGUUAACCUAUAUUGUCAUACGCUGA